AUGUUAUGCAUAAAUCCCAUGGGCUACACUCCUGCCUCUUACCAGUAUAGCUUAGCGUCGUACCGACUACCACCAGACCGCACCAUAUCAAAUAAAGCCAAGAGCUUGGAGCAUAUAAAUCUGGGGCUGCAAGGCUGUGGAUUGCCUUGUAAUUUUGUUUCUGAUCAUACCAAACACUCCCCCUCCCAUCACCAAAGCAUCUAGCUCUGCUCAAUGGCGAGAGUAGAAGAGAAUCAACGGCCUCAAGCCCAUCACGUGCUACUCUUCUCACUCCCAUUUCAAGGACACAUAAACCCCAUCCUUCAGUUGGCCACACUCCUACACUCUAAAGGAUUUUCAAUCACCAUAGUUCACACACAAUUCAACUCUCCCAAUCCAUCCAACUUCCCCAACUUUCAUUUUGAGCCCAUACCUGAUGGCUUAUCAGAUGGCAUGGACACAACCACUAUGGUUUCCAUGAUCAACAUAAACUGUGUCGCCCCAUUUCGGGCCGUCCUAGCUCGAAUGCUAUCGGAGAGCCGGCAUGGCCCAAUCUCAUGCGUCAUCACCGACGAUUUCCUGUUCUUCACGCAGUCCGUCACGGAUUCUUUGAAGGUCCCACGGAUCGUGUUAGUAACCUACAAUGCCAUUAGUUUUUUUACCGCUUCACGCAUUCAAAUGCUUCAUGAGAAGGGGUACUACCCAAUCCAAGAUCUAAAAUCAGAAGACCCAGUGUCUGAAAUCCCACCCCUCAGAAUCAAGGACUUGCCUAUCAUCACUGCAUCCACUUUGGACGCAACUCUUCAAUUGUUUGUCACAUUGACCAUUGCGACAAGGGCUUCAUCAGGACUCAUUUUCAACACUCCAGACUGCCUUGAACAGACCACACUGGCCAAUCUCCGGCAGGACCUUCGGAUCCCGGUCUUCCCGAUUGGUCCACUCCACAAGUUCAUGGUGGGCCCUUCUGAUUCCAGCAGCUUGAUAACUCCAGAUAAUAACUGCAUGGCAUGGCUGGCCAAACAAGCCCCAUUAUCCGUCAUCUACGUGAGCUUUGGGAGUACAGGUUUGAUGGAUGGAGACGAUCUUGCCGAGAUGGCGUGGGGCCUGGCCAAUAGCGGGCAACCCUUCUUGUGGGUGGUUAGGCCUGGAUCUGUCAGUGUCUCGGAAUGUGACAAGCUGCCUGAAGGGUUUGAAGAGGAGACGCGCGAUAGGGGCCUAGUCGUCAAGUGGGCCCCACAACAAGGUGUGUUGGCCCACCCAGCAGUGGGAGGGUUUUGGACACAUAAUGGUUGGAAUUCUACGUUAGAGAGCAUAAGUGAGGGGGUCCCUAUGCUUUGUUCGCCACGUUUGGUAGAGCAAGGGAUCAAUGCUAGGCUGGUGAGCCAUGUUUGGAGGGUGGGGAUGACACUGGAGAAUGAGCUAGAGAGAGGUGAGAUAGAGAGGGGAAUAAGAAGAUUAAUGGUUGGACAUGAAGGAAAGGAGAUAAGGGAAAGGAUCAAGGAUCUGAAGGAGAACGUAGACCGUUCUAUUAGGAAAGGAGGCUCUUCCCAUCAGUCCUUGGAUGCUUUGAUUGAUCUGAUAUCGUCCUUCUAAAUUCUAAUGCAUCUUUUUCUCA